AAAGAAAUUAAGUAAAAAUUGAAAGAAAUCGAAACUCACGUGAGGAUAUUUUUAAGACUUGCGUGGCAAAACAAACACGGUAACGAAUACUUGACCCGAUAUCCCCGCCCAAGAGCAGUAUAAACUUAGUCUAAAGGAAUAAUUGAAUAACGUAUAAUGCGGCUAACACUUGGGAGAAUAAACUGCAGUCAAAUUUUAUGGUUUAUCUGCUUUUUGAUGUCGUUUCUAAACUGGCCAAUGACAUUGGCUGUAGAGUUUACCUUCGAUUUGGCAGACGGAGCUGAGGAUUGCUUCUAUGAGGAAAUUAGACGAAAUAUAACCGCAUAUCUGGAGUUCCAGGUAUCAGCUGGUGGUCAAUUGGAUGUCGAUGUAACACUGAAAGAUCCUCAAGGCCGUGUAAUAUACGAGCAGCAGAAAGCCACCUUCGAUAGUCAUCAGUUUGUAGCUGAAACAACAGGCAUUUAUACCGCUUGUUUUAGCAAUAAAUUUUCCACGUUCUCGCAUAAGUUUGUCUAUAUCGAUUUUCAAGUGGGCGACGAACCCGCUCUGCCUGGUGUCGAUGAUCACGCUACCGUGCUAACGCAAAUGGAAACAUCCUCUCAGGCCAUACAUAAAAGUCUUAAUGACAUUCUAGAUGCGCAAACACACCAUCGUUUGAUUGAAGCUCAGGGUCGCAAACGAGCCGAAGAACUUAAUGAACGCGUCAUGUUGUGGUCUUGUAUGGAAACUGCGGCAAUGUUGUUCAUAGGUAUUGGUCAGAUAUUGGUGCUACGCAAUUUCUUCUCAGAUCAUAAACCUAGCCAGUCUCGGUAUACCCGUUUGUAGAAACAAUUUAAAAGUGAUCCUCCUUAAAACAGCAUAAAGAGGAAUAGAUAUGUGUAUGUGUGUGUUAAACAUCUUUUUAGUUAACAACUUUUCCAUAUGGCGUGCUUUCCAUUUUACAUAUUUUUCCCUUUUGUGUUUUGUUUAAACUACAAAUUUUCACCUCAUAGUUAACUUGCCGUUAAUGUGACCAGCUAAAAAUUUUGUUAAGCAACGCCAAACCUCAGUUCUAUUCUAAUUAAAUUUUUAAAUAA